AUGGAUUCAGUAAACACAAAGCAAGUUGCUCAUAUUGUAGCACAAGUUCGUGCAAAGCAAUUGGCAACAAAAUCUAUCCAAGAUAACAUGUCACAAAUUAUCGUUCAAUACCACGAAGAUCAUCCGGAUGUUUCUGAUAGGGAAUUAGCACAACAAUUCUUACAAAAUAUUUCUACCGACCAUUCUACCAGUGUAUCAAUAAACAAUUACUUAAACGGUCAGGAUAUAAAUCUGAUAGGAUAUCCUAUAAAAUUUAACAAAACUCAUUUGCAACUCAAUAUGGCCAAAGAAUGGAUUGCAGAACAGAAAGAGAGUUUAAUAACACAAAUAAUUGCUGGUAAAUUCUAUCAUAAAUUAUCGAAUGAGAUUCGUUCUGCUGAACUGCCAGUUUUACAAUCACCCAGUACUACUCAAUUUUGGGGUAACGAAAAUCCAUCAGUUAGUUCAAUAUUACUUGCUGAUAUUGUUGCCAGCUGUAAUAAAAAGCAAGAUAAUUUAUCCGGAGCUGCAACAUGCUUCCCUUUUUUUAGUAGCAACUAUGAAUUACCAGACAGUUUUGUUUCUGCUUCCUAUUCUUUUGCUAGCAAAAACGGCAUGACACUUUUUGGUGAUUAUCAAUAUGGUGGCCAGCGUUAUUUUGAUAAGCAAUUUGUAUUCGGCCCCGAAGACUGUUCCACCGCAGUUGGUAAAGCCACUUAUCUGCGUACCGAUCAAAUUAAAAGUAUAGAAACUAGUAGUAUGCAAGCGGCAUAUUUUAAUCGUGACAAUCAGUACCACUAUCAAGGUGUAACCUUUCUAAGCGGUGACAUUCAAGAUAACCAGUUGAAAUUGAUUCAGGAAGGUGAUAUUUAUCUUAUAAAAGGACAUACAGCAAUCAUUGCCACUAAGCCUGAUAAUAGAAGUAAAAUUACUACCAUACAAUUUAGCAGAGAUAUUGAUUCGGCUGAAAAUAAUACAUUAGGUGGUGGUACAUAUGAUUAUAGUUUAUGUGAUGUUGCUCGAAAAAUAAAAAGUGGUAUUUAUAUUUUACGCUCCACAGAUUUAGAGCCACUACAUGAAUCUUGUUCUUUAAGCCAAUUACUCAGUCGCAUAGACUCUAAAUAUGCAACUCUUUUUUCUAAAGGGCCUUUGAAUAUUGCAGGAGAUUGUAGAAUGUUCUUAGAAGACAACGCAAUUUCCACAGCAGGAGAAUUUCAUAGUGGUUCUAGUUUGUGA